ACACCUCCUCCCUCCUCCUCGCGUUAGUUCCGGUCGCAGAGGAGACACCGCCGCAGUUGCCGCCACCUCGGGGAUUUCUGGCUCUUUCCUCUUCGCCUUAAAUUCGGGUGUCUUUUAUGAAUAAUCAAAAGCAGCAAAAGCCAACGCUAUCAGGCCAGCGUUUUAAAACCAGAAAAAGAGAUGAAAAAGAGAGGUUUGACCCUACUCAGUUUCAAGACUGUAUUAUUCAAGGCUUAACUGAAACUGGUACUGAUUUGGAAGCAGUAGCAAAGUUUCUUGAUGCUUCUGGAGCAAAGCUUGAUUACCGCCGUUAUGCAGAAACACUCUUUGACAUUCUGGUGGCCGGCGGAAUGCUGGCCCCAGGUGGUACGCUGGCAGAUGACAUGAUGCGGACAGAUGUCUGUGUGUUCGCGGCACAAGAAGACCUAGAGACCAUGCAAGCAUUUGCUCAGGUUUUUAACAAGUUAAUCAGGCGCUACAAAUACCUGGAGAAAGGUUUUGAAGAUGAAGUAAAAAAGCUGCUGCUGUUCUUAAAGGGUUUUUCAGAGUCGGAGAGGAACAAGCUGGCUAUGUUGACUGGUGUUCUUCUGGCUAAUGGAACACUUAAUGCAUCCAUUCUUAAUAGCCUUUAUAAUGAGAAUUUGGUUAAAGAAGGGGUUUCAGCAGCUUUUGCUGUAAAGCUCUUUAAAUCAUGGAUAAAUGAAAAAGAUAUCAAUGCCGUGGCUGCAAGUCUUCGGAAAGUGAGCAUGGAUAACAGACUGAUGGAACUUUUUCCUGCCAAUAAACAGAGCGUCGAACACUUCACGAAGUACUUUACAGAGGCAGGCUUGAAAGAACUUUCAGAAUAUGUUCGGAAUCAGCAAACCAUAGGAGCUCGAAAGGAACUCCAGAAAGAGCUUCAAGAACAGAUGUCCCGUGGUGACCCAUUUAAGGAUAUAAUUUUGUAUGUCAAGGAGGAGAUGAAAAAAAACAACAUCCCAGAACCCGUUGUCAUUGGGAUAGUCUGGUCCAGCGUCAUGAGCACCGUGGAGUGGAACAAAAAGGAAGAGCUUGUAGCAGAGCAAGCCAUCAAGCACUUGAAGCAAUACAGCCCUCUACUUGCUGCCUUUACUACUCAAGGUCAGUCUGAGCUGACUCUGUUACUGAAGAUUCAGGAGUAUUGCUAUGACAACAUUCAUUUCAUGAAAGCCUUCCAGAAAAUAGUGGUGCUUUUUUAUAAAGCUGAAGUCCUGAGUGAGGAGCCCAUUCUGAAGUGGUAUAAGGAUGCGCAUGUUGCAAAGGGGAAGAGCGUCUUCCUUGAGCAAAUGAAAAAGUUUGUAGAGUGGCUCAAAAAUGCUGAAGAAGAAUCUGAGUCUGAAGCUGAAGAAGGUGACUGAAUUGUGAAACUACACCCUCAGUAAAGCAAACAGGAGUUGUAGAUAAAAUGUCAUGUCUCAUGUGUCCUGGUUCUUACAUCUUCCUACCUCCCUAUAUCAAGCAUGAUAUAAGGGCUUUCAUGGCAAAUUUUAUUUUAACUGUUUCUAUGGUUACUGGAAAUGUUGGGUUUAGUUUCUAAAACCAUGUUUUAAGUAGCUACAGGAGCUAUAGAUUUGAAUCUAAUGUUGCAUUAGUCUUUUCAGUUAUCUUCUACCUCCUGUAUUUUCUACUGUAAUAAUGUAAUUUAAGGCCUUCCACAAUGAACAGUUCACUUUAUUCCCUGGGUUUUCUAUAUAAACAGUUUUCAAGAUAUGAUUUGGUUAAAAAUAAUUUGUUAUAAAUAUUCUGUUUGCAAAUUAAACUGUAAAAGUAUCCAAAGUCUCAAAAGGCAAUGAUUUGUGUGAUAAUUUGGUAUGCCCAAAGCCCUGCUCAUCAAUGAAAAUCUCAUAUACAGUAAUUGAAUUCAUUAACAUGAAUCUUGAGUAUUUGGACCAUUGCUUGCAUGUUGAUAUUUUCUUAAAUUUUUAACCCUGGGUGUUCUUGAACUCAGUUGUUUGCUCUCUGGUUUUCAUCCUUUAGUAAAGCCAUAGAGAACAAGCUUAAAAGUGAGUUCUUUGGGAAAUUUUAUAUGGCAGAGGUAAUGGGAAGAAGAAAAGUUGAGCUUUUUCCCAUUGAGAAACUUCUGCAUUCAGUUUGAAUCUUUCCCUGAAAAACAGAGGGAUAUUCUUCUCAUUACACCCAUUUUCAAAAGUACCUUAGUAAAAUCUUGUCAUUUAAAGUAUUUUACACUUACCGUGCACUUCGUUUGAAGUUUUGGAAAGGACCCAAAAGAACGGGAGUUAGGGGUGCCUGCUGGCUCAAGUCGGUAGAGCAUUUGACUCUUGAUUUUAGGGUCAUGAGUUUGAGCCCCACACUGGGUAUAGAGAUUACUUCUUGGAAAAAAAAAUAGUGUGAGUAAAGGAAAUGACUAUACUAAACCUAGUGAGUUAAAUGUUAAGUGGUCAGCAUGUUCUAAUUGAGACUCUAAGUGUAACUCAUUUCCUCUUGGCUUGAAGUAUUUGUUGUAAAGAAUGAAGUGUAAUGGCCAUACAUUCCCACGUGACCACACUGGGUCAGCUUCAUUCACGUGACACGCUUACAGCUCAAGCGGCAGGCUGUUAACAUACCCACGCUGCCAUCUUUUUAAAUUGCCAUGAGCCAAAUAACUCUUUUGUACAAUUGACCCAUUUAUUUUAAUGGCUGCCUUUUAACUUCCAUUUUUCUUUUCUUGCUGCUACCCAUAUAUAUAUUUUAUAUAUAUAUGUAUAUAUAUAUACACAUAUAUGUGUGUGUAUGUGUGUGUGUGUGUAUAUAUAUAUAGUCAUUAGAAAACAAAAUACAACCACUUUGGUGGAGAAACUUCAUGUUAAAAGUGAACAUUUUGAGAGGUUUUUUUUUUCUCUUGAUGAAAGAAACUAACUUGGAAUAAUGCCACCAGAGACUGAAUGGAAAUUGCCCCUUUCAAAGGUGCCAUUCUCAUGAGCCAAGAAUUUGAGAGAAUAACGUGUAAUAUAUAACCUUAUGAAGAAGAGCAUUAUAACAGACCAUUGUGAAUGGGGUGAAAUUGUUAAAUGAAUAAUUUUGAUAAAGUUUUCAUGCACAGGCAAAAUGUAUUCACUAGGUUUCUACAUAGUGAUCUGCUUUUACUUUGUAAUUUGUAGUCCUCAAAAGACUUUUUUUAAAAAAUAAAGUCCAUCCUUACACUUA